UGUUAUUACUUAGAGAAAAGACACACACAAAAAAAAUGGAUCCAAAGAUAGGACCAGUUCGUCCAUUGUUCGUUCUGUUUGGUUCAUCAAUAGUGCAGCUAAGUUAUUAUUUUGAAGGCUGGGGAGCAACCCUCACUGGGCUCUAUGCUCGCAAGGCUGACAUAUCGAUGCGUGGAUAUAUUGGUUGGAAUACAAGAAAUGCUCUUAAAGUUUUGAGCACAGUUUUCCCACAGAAUGAUAAAAUUCAGCCUUCUCUAGUCAUACUUUAUUUUGGUGGGAAUGAUUCAACAGAUCUUGAUGUUCCUGGCAGCCCUGGUGUCCCUAUUGAUGAAUAUGUUGAAAACAUGAGACAAAUUAUACUUUAUAUCAAGGGCCUUACAUUAAACACUCGUAUAAUUAUGCUAAGCGCUCCUGCGGUGAACGAGCAACAAAUUAUCGACUAUUAUGGGAGUAAUCUAGGUAGAACAAAUGAGAGAGGUCACAAAUACUCAGAAGCUGGUAUCAGAUUGGCCCAACAAUUAAAGGUGGAGGUUAUUGAUUUUUGGUCAGCGCUCCAAGAACCUUGUGAUUGGAGGAAUACAGUCUUCUGGGAUGGAAUGCAUUUAACAAAAGAAGGAAGUGAGAUUUUGUUCAAUAAAAUCACGGAGGUAAUCAAAGAGACAGAUUGGGAGCCAAGCCUAGAUUGGGACAAAAUGCCUGAUGAGUUUUCUGACAUUGGGCGUAAUAGUUUCUACCUUGAGAAGCUGAUGAAGGGUAUAAAUAAAAUGGCGGGAAUUCCUAAUUCUCGUGAACUUAAAUCAGAAUAGGCUAUCUAUAUUAUAUUUGUUGGGUAUAAUAUUUUCAGAACUCUAGUACGGAAUGAUUUGUGCACUAAUCUAUCCAAUAAAAUAAAAAUAUGCACGAAAAUAAAGAUUAAGCACUAGUCAAUUUUCUAUUUUAGUUUCAUGUUUGAUGUGUCCAAAUAAACUCUUUUGCAAAAGAGUACCAAUAUAUGUUCCUGGGAAGGUUUUGCCUUUUUCUUGGAAUUAUGGUUUAAUUUGUUUUGUUGUAGGAUGUUUCUGAGAGUGCUAUCCAAUAAUGUAUUAUGGAAAGUUAUUAAUGUUUGAAUGGAAUAAUGAUUAUGAUA